GUCUGUAGCAGAAAAGCUCAGGGCGAGUUUAGACAGGUCCAAAGAAGGUAAUCUUAGUUUUAUAGCACAGACUACAAAAAACGCAUAUUAGACUAGUAUUUUAUGUGAUUUAUAUAUUCUUUAUUAAAUAUAUAUUUCUAUUUGAAACUUGGUACAAAACGAGUCGAGAGAACCGCCAGGAGGCAAAAAGAUUAAUACCGGCAAACAAAGACGCGCUUUCUCUCUCUCAGACUAAACCUCACCACUCGUUAGUUAUGAGUCAUGUGGCCGUUGAAAAUGUACACGGUCUAGAUCAGCAGCUUGCUGUCCUAGACUUGAACUCUGAUGCCCAAGGAGGAGGCACUGGCAGGCGUUACAUUCCUCCUCAUUUAAGGAACAAAGAUGCUUCCAAAAAUGAUUCUGCUGGAGGAUGGGAUGCUGGACGUAGCAAUGGGUUUGAGAAUGGUUGCACUGAUGGUAGAGACAACCAUGUAAAUGGAGGCAAUGCUUUUGGCAGUCGUGGUCCGAUGCGUAAUGAUCGUGGAGGCAGGGGAGGCAGUUACAGAACAAGGGGUGGUAGCCCAUACAACUCUGUUCAACCUGGACCCAGCUCUGGUUUUGGCUACGACAACAAAGAUGGAGGUGGUUGGAAUGCCUCUAAAGAUAACGCUUACAAUAGCUUUGGUGGGCGUUCAGAUAGGAAUAGGUCUGCCUUCACUGAUCGGGGCUCUUCCAGGGGAAGGUAUGAGCGUGGUGGUUUUGGUGGCGGAGGAAACAGUCGCUGGGUUGAUGAUUCCAGGGAUGAGGAGGACUGGUCCAAACCUCUGGCUCCCAAUGAAAGACUUGAACAUGAGCUCUUCUCCGGAAGCAACACUGGAAUUAACUUUGAAAAAUAUGAUGACAUUCCUGUGGAGGCCACUGGCCAACUCUGCCCUCAACACAUUGAUAGUUUUCACGAUGUUGAAAUGGGUGAGCUCAUUAUGGGCAACAUUAACCUGAGUCGCUACUCGCGUCCCACUCCUGUCCAGAAGUAUGCUAUUCCAAUUAUUAAGUCCAAGAGAGACCUAAUGGCGUGUGCACAGACAGGAUCUGGUAAGACAGCUGCUUUUUUGCUGCCAGUGCUGAGUCAGAUAUACACAGAUGGACCAGGCGAAGCCUUACAGGCUACAAAGAACAGUUCCCAGGAAAAUGGUAGAUAUGGACGCCGUAAGCAGUACCCCCUCUCUCUGAUUCUGGCUCCAACCAGGGAACUGGCCUUGCAGAUCUAUGAUGAGGCCAGAAAGUUUGCGUAUCGUUCGCGGGUACGCCCAUGUGUAGUGUAUGGAGGAGCUGACAUUGGCCAGCAGAUCCGUGACCUUGAGAGAGGUUGCCACCUGCUGGUUGCCACACCUGGCCGCCUGGUAGACAUGAUGGAGAGGGGCAAGAUUGGUUUGGAAUAUUGCAAUUUUUUGGUUUUGGAUGAAGCCGACAGAAUGUUGGAUAUGGGUUUUGAACCACAGAUCCGCCGUAUUGUGGAGCAGGACACUAUGCCUCCUAAAGGCCUACGCCAAACAAUGAUGUUCAGUGCAACCUUCCCUAAGGAGAUCCAGGUCCUGGCACGUGACUUCCUAGAGGAUUACAUUUUCUUGGCUGUUGGGCGUGUGGGCUCCACCUCUGAGAACAUUACCCAGAAAGUUGUGUGGGUUGAGGAGAGCGACAAAAGAUCAUUUUUGCUUGAUCUUCUAAAUGCCACAGUCAUACCAAGCGAGGGUCAAGACAAUGCUGGGGAAAGUGGAGAGAAACCUGGUAGAGACUCUUUGACUCUGGUGUUUGUGGAAACUAAAAAGGGUGCUGAUGCACUGGAGGAAUUUCUGUACCACGAGGGUUAUGCCUGCACCAGUAUUCAUGGGGAUCGUUCACAGAGAGACCGUGAGGAAGCUCUCCACCAGUUCCGCUCUGGAAGAUGCCCAAUCCUUGUUGCUACAGCAGUAGCUGCACGUGGUCUGGACAUCUCUAAUGUGAAGCACGUCAUUAACUUUGACCUACCCAGUGACAUUGAGGAGUAUGUUCAUCGUAUUGGGCGUACUGGUCGCGUAGGCAACCUUGGUCUUGCCACGUCAUUUUUUAAUGACAAGAAUGGCAACAUUACCAAGGACCUUCUGGACAUCCUGGUCGAGGCCAAACAAGAAGUCCCAUCCUGGCUGGAAAGCCUGGCAUAUGAGCACCAGCACAAGGGAGGCAACCGUGGCCGCUCAAAGAGUAGGUUCUCUGGCGGGUUUGGAGCCAAGGAUUACCGUCAGACUAGCACCAAUACCACUAGUGGAGGCUUUGGAGGUCGUGGUAGCCGCAGUGGCCAUGGUGGAAACCGUGGAUUCGGCAGCACUAAGGGUGGAUUUGGAAACUUCUACAACAAUGAUGGUUACGGUGGAAACUACUCGCAGGUGGACUGGUGGGGAAACUAACUGUUACCACACAACUGUACACCUCUCCACUCCCCAUGAUCAGUGGGUCGCCAUGGCAAACUCACUGAAUGGAAACCACAUGUAACUUAGCCAGACUAUCAAACCCUGUGUAGCUUUCAAGAUCUCUACAGUACAUUACCACCUGUGAUUCUCUGCCAAUAUCCUGGAUUAAAAUGCACCACUGACUGUAGCAGAUUGGUGGGCUCUGGGAUACCUUAGGAUUUGACCACAAAAUGAACCUCUAGAUUUGCUUGUCACCUGCCUGAUUUGGAUCUCAUGACUUGUAUUACAUUACACUGCAUUGCUUUUAAUGAGAAUCAUUUGUUAAUGUACUGUGCCUUUAAAUUUACAAUUUGUUGUUUUUUUUUACCUCAAAACUGGGAGACUUUUUUUCUUUUUUUUUUCUUUUUCUUUUUAAAUAAAUAAGACAUGAGGGAGCUUGAGCUUAAUCAAACCUUGGCAAACUCCAGGAAGACUUUAGAACCUUGUUUUUGCUUUUGUUUAAAAUCUGUCACAGGGUCACAAGGCUUCUUUCCUAAAUGUGCCUGCCCCUUCUAUAUUGGAUUUUUUUUUUUUUUACCCUCGUCAUGUGGGGAAUACAAAUCUUAAAAUCUUGCUCACUCUAUCCUGGAGACAUGCUCCUAAGGGAAGUGGUAGUUGUCUGCUAAAGAAAUACCGUUCCAGUUUUUUGUCUUAGCAAUCAUGUGGCCAUUUGUGAGUGACAUGAACUUCCGUUCAUACAAGUUUUUGGAUUUCUGACUCUCCCGUGGGAAUCCUAACAUUUUAAGCUAGUUAUGCAGACACCCUUUUAAAGGUGUGGAGAUGUAUUCAUUGUUAAUUAAACCUUUGUGGAAGUGAUAAUACUAAUUGCAAAGGAUUACAUGCUGGGCUCUAGGCUACUUCCAUAUUAAAACGUUCAAAUGGCUACAUCUAGGACCACAAUUUCAGAGUGGACUGGCCUUAAACGCCAAGCCAGUUUCUGCAGUAAUUUGCAUAUCCAGUGUUGUUGUUUUUUGGUCAAGGCGAUUCUGACAGAUUUGUGCAGCAGGCUAUUUUAAUAACGAAGGACAUCCAAAUUCUCUUUUUAAACUCUUCCCAAGCUGCAUUGAAUUUUAAAUCGACAUCUCAGACUUGCUCAUGGAACAGGAGUCAGGACUGGAAGGCUGGAAGAAAAAAAUAAACGCACAUGUUGAAAAUGCACAGGGUGUAGAAAGGCUAGCAGUAAAAUGUUUGGCAUUUUUAUUGUUUUUCUGGUGUUUUAGCCAAAGUGUACAGUACUCUUCCUUACAUUACAACUGUUAAUUUGCUGCUUGAGCCAGUGUUGUGGAAAUGAACUAAGCCAGAGCAGCUGGGCCCUCUCCUUCAGCAGGUGAGAUGUACAUGGUAAACUUGAUAUUACAUUUAGCUGAAGUGCAAUAGAUUUCCUCAAAUGUUGUGCCUUUGAAAUUUAAAGAAGCUUGGGUUGAAAUGGUGAAUCAUAGUGGAUGUGUGGACAGUAUUUUGGUAACUUAAAAUGAGUGGUGCUAUUUAGGUCUAGACCCUUCUAUGUUGUGCCCCUCAAGUUUUAUGAAGUUAUUUUAUUGUGCAUUGAAAGUUUUAUAUAAGGCUCGUGUGUCCGUAUGCUUCCAAUAUUGUGUGUUGACCUGUAAAAAAAAUGCAGCUUGUUUACAAAGGGAAGGGUUCUCAAAAUAUUCAACAGGAAUUGAUUUGGGACCAGGGACUCGGCAAUCGGGGAAUUUAGCUAUUUGCACACAGAUCACUAGAUUCUACUUUUUGCUGCUAGUUUGUGUAAUUUAUUAAGCAUUUUUGAAAAAUAUUUAUUUUUAUAAGCCUAAGUGAUAGUAACUUGACCAAAAGACAGUACAAAAACACUGGCACUUGAAUGAAUGUCAUCUGUAUGUGUGAAAUUUCUAUUUUUUCGGGGUAGUGUGAGCUUUUUUUAAUGUUUGGUCAUUUUGAAAUCUUUCAAAAUCCUCAACUGUGGACUUGUGGCCAAAUAUUCGUUUAUGUAAUUGGCAGACAAUUUAGAAAUUAACAACUAUGCCAAGGUUUGGACAGAACUUAAAACACUUUUGGUGCAAUUAAAACACAGUUUUUGUUUUCUUUAUUUCUUGAUUUUUGUUUACUCCCUUGGUGAGUGUCUGGCUGAUUGCAAUCUUAAGGAAAAACAUGUGGUUCUUCUCUGUUGUGUUUGCAGGACUUUGGUAUUGGAAACCUUGUUCUCUGACUGGUUUGGUGCUAAAUUCAGUCUUAAUCUAAGUUUAAAUGUGCAUUUGGGCAGACAAACACUUUACCAAACCAUGAUCGAACAGGUGCCCUUAGCGUUAGAAAUUUGCUUUAUGUACUAGUUUAGAUGCUGUACUCUGUUUACUGUACAAUUUUUAUCAAAAUAAAGGCACAAAUGGCAGUUA